AUGCUGGUCUCAAGGUUCGCUGUUCCUUUACUCGGCUACAGCUAUGGUGUGCAGAAUUUUCAGAUCGCUCGUAUGACUAGCACAAUCGCGCACACCGUAAAGGUGCAGGAUCAUAUUGAGAAGACGCGGGCAAAGGCUGUACUCGGUGGUGGACAAAAGAGAAUUGAUACGCAACAUAACCGAGGAAAGCUGACUGCACGCGAACGAAUCGAAUUACUCUUGGACAAGGGCACCUUCCGCGAGUACGACAUGUUUGCUGAACAUACGUGUACCGACUUCAACAUGCAGAAGCAGAAAGUACCCUGUGAUUCUGUGAUUACUGGGCGCGGUCACAUCAAUGGACGCAACGUGUACGUGUUCUCGCAGGACUUCACCGUUUUCGGUGGCUCGUUGUCGAUGAUCCAUUCAAAGAAGAUCUGCAAGAUCAUGAGAGAGGCGAUGCUUGUCGGCGCUCCUGUCAUUGGUCUCAACGAUUCCGGUGGUGCGCGUAUUCAGGAAGGAGUUGAAUCACUCGCUGGAUAUGCUGAUAUCUUCCAGGCAAAUGUGUCAGCUUCUGGAGUUAUACCGCAGAUCUCACUCAUCAUGGGACCGUGUGCAGGUGGUGCCGUCUACUCGCCUGCUAUCACUGACUUCACGUUCAUGGUUCGAGACACGAGUUACCUUUUCAUCACUGGUCCGGACGUCGUUAAGGCCGUUACCAACGAGGAAGUAACCCAGGAGGAACUCGGCGGCGCCAAAACACAUACAGUAACAUCAGGUGUGGCUGUUGGCGCUUUCGAAAAUGAUGUGGAUGCGUUAAUGAGCAUGCGUGAGCUCGUUAACUACCUUCCACUUUCGAACAAGGACCCAGCCCCUGUUAGAUCCUGCGAUGAUCCAUGGGAUCGUGAUGUACCAUCACUCGAUACUGCUGUUCCACUCGAAAGUACUACUGCAUACAAUAUGAAAGACGUUGUCCUUGCUCUGCUGGAUGAAGGAGAUUUCUUCGAGAUUGCACCAGAUUUUGCAAAGAAUAUUGUCGUGGGUUUUGGCCGCAUGAAUGGUCGCACAGUCGGUGUGGUAGGUAACAACCCGAAGUUUGCCGCUGGAUGUCUCGAUAUCAACUCAUCAAUAAAAGGAGCCCGUUUCGUACGUUUCUGUGACGCUUUCAACAUUCCACUUGUAACUCUAGUUGAUGUUCCUGGAUUCUUGCCUGGAACGGCGCAGGAAUACGGAGGUAUUAUUCGUCAUGGAGCCAAGUUCUUGUAUGCUUACGCUGAAGCAACUGUACCGAAGAUCACGGUCAUCACCAGAAAGGCUUACGGUGGAGCGUACUGUGUCAUGUCAUCGAAACACCUUCGCGGAGAUAUCAACUACGCAUGGCCAACCGCUGAAGUAGCUGUGAUGGGAGCCAAGGGCGCUGUAUCGAUUCUGUUCCGUGGGGAUAAGGAUGUAGCAAAGAGAGAGGAAGAAUACGUUGACCUCUUCAGCAAUCCCUUCCCUGCUGCAGUUCGUGGUUACGUUGAUGACAUCAUCGAACCACAUACCACACGUCGUCGAAUCUGCGAGGAUCUCGCUCUGCUUGAAAGCAAGCAACUGUCGAACCCGUGGAGAAAACAUGGAAACAUCCCACUCUAG